AUGACAAGAUCCGCGGCUCUAGUUCAGCAAUACCUGGCACCCUUUCCACUUGUUGAGUGCUCAGGUGGUUUUCUGGGACCCAAACUAUUUAUGCGCAGACCUGGUCCAUUUGCGCACUCUUCCAGCACUAAGUACAGUAUGGCCAGCACGGAAGCGCUUCACAAUAAACCGCUGGCCAGGCCAAGUUGUAUGGGGUCGGAAGACCUCCACGGGCUCCACACCAACCUUAAUCCAGAAGUUGUCAUCAGCUCACUGAACCUUCCAUGGCAAGCUUAA